CCUCGUCCACAAUCAACCAAAGGACCCAGUUUGGAGUCGUUACCGCCUUUGUCAACCGCCAUCCAUGCUCAUCUGGAUGGAGAUAUGCGCAAUCGACUCAGUGCGUUGGAGCCCAAUCCGGAGGAGCUUCUCAAAGAGAUGCAAGAAAUGGAUGAAUUUCAGCACACUAAUUUGGAACUGUUUGUCAUUUUAAACUCAAUGGAACACGUAGAUAAAGCGAUCAACGCCGGAUUCAGUGUGAACACAAAAGGAAAAGGUGGGUACACAUUGUUACACUAUGCAAACAUGUGGAAUCGACCCGAGUUGGUUCGUUAUCUUUACACAAAUCACGCGGAGCUGUUCCCCGGGAACAACUUGAAUGAAACACCUCACAAUUUGUCUGAGAAAUACGAGAACAAGGCCUCGAAUGAGAUGAUGCUUUGGGCCGAAUGUCGACAGGAUUUUUAUGCGCUACUGGAACAAACACGUGGUGUACUGGCGGGGGCAGACAAAGCGGAAUUUACAAAAGAGGAGAAGAAAAUGCUGGAGACCGCUUGCAUCGACGGGGAAAGUUGGUUAGAGAAAACUCGAGAUGCUUCACUGAGUGCUUUGCGCACGAAAAAGGAACACAUCGAGUUGAUUGUGGAGCCCUUCUUCAGACCAAAGACACCAAAACACACGUAG